CGAGAAAGAGGACCAUAAUUUCUGAACGAGCUGGUUACCGCUAGCGACGUCCGUUUCAAAAAGGGGAGGAAAAGAAUCUGUCGCCUCGACAUCAUUGGCUGAAGGCUGAUGAGCUUGUUUUAUAGAGAGUCAUCGAGAAUAGCGACCGCACUGUCAAUUUAUACGCACGCAUAUUUAGGUCUCUACGAUGUGGGAUUUCAUCAAGAUUUACUAAGGCUUUAUUAUGCUGCUUGUUAACGUCGCGUCUUGAGACUAGUUUUGUUGCGUGGUGUUCGUUUCACCGCCCGCUCAAAAGACCUGUACGGUGUUCACCAAUUUGAAAUGCGGACAACCAGUGUUGACGCAAUAUUUGGUGCUCUCUACAGGGAUGGAUAAAGACAGAUAUGCAGCAACAGCAGCAAAGAAGACAGGCGACUCGUCCCUGGAAAUGCCUAACGCUUCAGCCGAUAACAAUGAGCGCUUGUCCUACUUGUCUCAGAAGGCGCGCUCUAUGUCUUUGUACGGCAGUCAAUUUCUCCAAGAAGCGAGAAGUCCCACACAUGCUUUGUUUUGCUUGUCAGAAACUAAUCCGCUUCGUGAACUAUCAAAAUCGAUCGUGGUGUCGAAAGUGUUUGAAUAUUUUAUUUUGCUGGCUAUCGGAGCCAAUUGUAUCGUGUUAGCUCUAAACACACCGCUUCCAAAAAAUGAUCGCACAGACAUGGCUCAACAGUUGGAAGCUGCUGAAUACUACUUCGUUGGUAUAUUUUGUGUGGAGGCGCUGUUGAAAAUAAUGGCUUUUGGCUUUGUGCUUCACCCGGGGUCCUACCUAAGAAAUGGUUGGAAUAUUCUGGAUUUCACUGUUGUUGUGGUGGGAGUUAUAAGUCUUCCACCCGUCAGCAAAUUUCUUGGAGAUAAUGGUACCCUGGAUGUAAAAGCUCUGAGGGCUGUGCGAGUGCUCAGGCCUCUUAAACUUAUUUCUGGUGUACCAAGUCUGCAAGUUGUGAUGAAGUCCAUAGUCCGUGCCAUGGUUCCUCUUUUGCAAAUAGCCCUUUUGGUCUUGUUUUGUAUUCUUAUUUAUGCAAUUAUAGGUUUAGAUUUUCUCAAAGAUAAAUUUCACACCACCUGCUUCGACAAAAAAACAAAUUCAAUAGCAUCAAAUCCUGAGCCGUGUGACAAGGGACCCUUUCCCGGAGUGAGGAAGAUUUUUCGUGGUCGACGUUGUCCCGAGGAAACGACAUGCCGAGAGUAUUGGAUUGGUCCGAACGCUGGCAUCACGUUAUUUGAUAACAUCGCAUUGUCAAUGCUUACUGUGUUUCAGUGCAUAACAAUGGAAGGAUGGACGUCGAUUAUGUACAAAACUUUUGAUGCAAUGGAUGAAGACGGAUAUCUUUAUGCCUGCUAUUAUGUCUCGCUAAUUGUGAUUGGUUCUUUUUUCGUCCUUAAUCUUGUGCUUGGAGUUUUGAGUGGGGAAUUUGCAAAGGAAAGAGAGAGAGUGGAUACUCGACGAAAGUUCUUUAAAGUUCGCAGACAACAACAACUGAACCGUCAGGUGGAUGCGUACUUGUCGUGGAUAGCCAAAGCCGCGGAAACGGCAGCAGACGACAACUUCAGGACGAAACAUCUCAGCUUGAACGACUCGCAAUCACAACUUGUUACCAGCGACGUGGUCAGUAAUCCAGGAAGAGUGGUCACCAGAAGAGAAGGGAACUGUUACCGAGUCAACAUGCCGGAGAGCACGGGCGCACUUCAGCGGUUUUUGCAGUGGAACAGUAAAUUCUCUGUAAAAGUCGGUCGCAUGGUGAAAACUCAAGCGUUUUAUUGGACUGUCUUGGUUUGCGUUUUCCUCAACACAAUUGUUCUGGCCGUGGAGUAUUAUGGCCAACCGAAAUGGCUGUCAGAUUUUCAAGCAUGGGCUGAAAUCGUGUUUUUGACAUUAUUCUUUGUGGAGAUGAUUCUGAAGAUUUAUGGUCUUGGAUUUCACGUUUACUUUAACUCAAGUUUCAAUUGUUUCGAUUGCUCGAUUGUGAUUUCAGGAUUUCUGGACAUUAUACUCUCUAAAACUGUGCUAGUAAAACUUGGUAUCAGUGUAUUGAGAUGUGUUCGUCUUCUCAGAGUCUUCAAGGUGACCAGACACUGGAGAUCGCUAAGGAACCUCGCCACCUCUCUCGUCAGCAGCAUCAAGUCUAUCGUGAGCCUGAUUUUCUUGCUGUUCCUGUUUAUCCUGAUUGCUGCCUUGCUUGGUAUGCAGAUAUUUGGUGGAAGAUUUUCAGAAGACGAAACUCCCACAACGAACUUUGAUAAUUUUCAGAACGCCAUGUUAGCUGUUUUUCAGAUACUCACAGGGGAGGACUGGAAUUCUGUUAUGUACAGUGGAGUGAAGGCUUAUGGUGGACCUCAUGAGGCAUCAGGAAUUGCAGCAAGCCUGUAUUUUGUUCUACUAGUUAUCUUAGGAAAUUACACGUUGUUGAAUGUUUUCUUGGCUAUCGCCGUCGACAACUUAGCAAACGCACAAAUCUUGACAGAGGACGAAGAAAACGAGAAACUUGAAAGAGAACGCGCUCGAGCAGCCAACAAAAAAAAGUACCAACCCAGCAACAAGGGUUGGGGAAAGGCUGGGAACAAACUGCCUAUGAUCAUGGCCAUCAAUCGAAUGGUACGCAAGAGGAAUGGAAAUGCAGCAACUUCAACUGGGGAAGGAAACAGCACGAGUAUAGAGAACGGAGAGACUAGUGUACCGCCGAUGUCCUCGUCCUUGAAAAGAAAGAUAAAAACGUACAGGCGAGAAGCAAGUCUUUAUGAAAACAAGGAAGAAAGAAACGGGACAGACGCUGCCAAACUCAAAGAAACACCUGGGACGAGUAGUGAUGCGGGUGAGAAGAACCACAAGACAAGGAGGAUAAAGAGAGGAAAGAAUGAAGCAAAUGGAGACACGGAAAGGGAAGACGACGAUGACGAAGAUGAAGACGAUCCACCCGUAAGUCGCAGGAACAUCAUAAAGAUGUUGAAGACCGGAGGGAGAUUUGGUAAUCGUCGGCGGAAUCCUCGGAAAAAGAAGCCUAUUUUGAAGACCAAAACGUUGUUUAUAUUUGGACCCGAGAAUAGAUUACGACGUCAAUGCCACCGGAUCGUGAACCUAAGACACUUUGACAAUUUCAUGUUGGUUGUAAUCCUGUUGAGUAGCAUUACAAUUGCCAUCGAGGAUCCAGUGAAUGAUGACGCCAAACUGAACAAGGUGCUGAUGUAUUUUGACUAUGUCUUCACUGGGAUAUUUGCUCUAGAGGUACUCAUUAAGGUUGUGGAUGUGGGGAUCAUUCUUCAUAAGGGCGCCUAUUUCCGUGAUUGGUGGAAUAUUAUCGAUGCUCUUGUGGUGUCUUUCAACAUGGCUUCGCUCAUUUUAGAACAAACAGACUCAUCUGGCAGUGGCCACUCUUUAAUUAAAGCACUCCGUGUAUUCCGAGUGCUAAGACCGUUUAAAGGCGUGCACAAAAUUAAGAAAUUACAGGCUGUAUUUCGCUGUAUGUGGUACUCAGUAAAGAAUGUUGCUAAUAUCCUGAUGAUCACCAUGUUGUUUUUGUUUAUUUUCGCCGUCAUGGGUGUACAACUGUUCAAAGGAAAGUUUCAACAUUGCAACGACACCUCAAAGCGCACAAAGGAAGAGUGCCAAGGGUAUUUUUUUGUUUUCAAGUACGAUGAGCUCUACCAACAGGAAACAGUUGAAAAGGUUGAGAAUCGCACGUGGGAGAAUAAACUCCUUAACUUUGACAACGUAUUACAAGCAAUGUUGACUCUUUACACUUCUUCUACUGGUGAAGGUUGGCCCAGUGCCAUGAAGACCACUAUGGAUACUACAGAAAUAGACAAAGGUCCAAUCCAUAAUUACAGCCCGGGAUACGCACUUUAUUACAUCGCCUUUGUUGUGGUGUUCUCUUUUUUCUUCCUCAACAUCUUUGUGGCGUUAAUAAUUCUCACCUUCCAAGAGGAGGGUGAAAGGGAAAUUGCGAGUUGUGAGUUGGACAGAAAUCAGCGUGAUUGCAUUCAGUUUGCACUUACUGCUAAGCCUGCGCAGAGAUAUAUGCCGGCUGACCACAAAAGCCUGCAGUAUAAGGUCUGGGUAAUUGUCAUGUCGAAGCCAUUUGAUACAUUCAUUUUGGUCUUGAUAGCCCUGAACACCGGUGUGCUUAUGUCUCAGCAUUACAAGCAAGACGAACAAUAUACAGACAUUCUAAUGUACCUAAAUAUUGCCUUCACUGUUCUCUACAUGAUAGAAGCUGGGCUGAAGUUCUUUGCUUUAAGACUGAAAUAUUUCCGAGAUUACUGGAAUAUUUUUGAUUUCAUCGUUGUGUUAGGAGGUCUGAUGGAUGUUCUGGUGACAGUCUAUGACAAAUUUGCCAAGGAAACGCAGCAGGAAGGUGGUUCAUUAGGUAUUGGGAUUGACCCCAGUAUGUUCCGUUUGUUUCGAGCAGCAAGACUUAUCAAACUGCUUCGACGAGGCUACACGAUCAGAAUACUAUUGUGGACAUUCCUUCAAUCAUUUAAGGCCUUACCUUACGUCACGCUACUUAUCAUGUUAAUGUUCUUCAUGUAUGCCGUCAUAGGGAUGCAGCUUUUUGGAAAAAUAGCAUUAGACCAAUCUACAGAAAUUAACACCAAGAAUAAUUUUCGAAAUCUUCCUCAAGCUUUGCAGGUUCUGUUCAGAUCGGCGACCGGAGAAGACUGGCACAAGAUAAUGUUGGCUUGCUAUGAUGUUGCUAAAUGUGAUAAGAGUGUUGACAUCAAAAAAUAUGGAGAACAUUGCGGAACAACGGCAGGGGCUAUAAUAUUCUUCUGCACAUUUAUAUUUCUCUGUAUGUUCUUGAUGUUGAAUUUAUUUGUGGCUGUUAUCAUGGAUAACUUCGAAUACCUGACUCGUGACGAGUCCAUCCUUGGUCCUCACCACUUGGAUGAAUUUGUCCGCGUGUGGUCUGAGUUCGACCCUGGCGCCAGUGGCUGUAUACACCAUAGCGAAAUCUAUAGGGUGAUGUGCAGUAUGUCACCUCCAGUUGGAUUUGGAAAGAAAUGUCCAAAGAUUGUUGGUUAUAAGCGCCUGAUCAAGAUGAACAUGCCACUGAACGACGAUAACACGGUCUCAUUCAGUACGACUCUCUUCGCUUUGAUUCGAACCUCACUGAACAUCAAACUGCGGGGAAACAUGAAUGCAAAUGACACAGAGCUACGGCGAAUGAUCAAGAGAGUUUGGCCAAAAACCUCACAAAAAGUAUUGAAUAGUUUGAUACCCAAACAGUUAGAACUGAGUUGUCAGCAAAUGACAAUAGGAAAGAUUCACUGUGCAAAGCUUAUACACGAGAACUACAAAUACCUGAAGAGGAAGGGCACGCAGACGGAAAGGGCUGAAAGAGAAGAAGAAAGAAGCACUACAAACUCGAAGAGAGGUCUUUUCUCUAAGUUAGUUGGUUCCCUGCGACGCCAGAGGAGGCCGAAUAUGAUAAGGGAAGACAUAGAACUUGGGAAUGUGGAAAGACGUAGAGAGAGAGCUUACACUAGUGACGCUCGACUUACUAUGGCACGACCCCUACCAAAAGAACAUGUCAGACGAUAUAGCAGCCUGGAUCCGACAUCCAAAUCGAAUGGUGACGUCAACAAAAAUGGACCGCAGACUUAUCCAGACUCCUCUCGUGGUGUGGUGGGGGCUUCUGUACCCUGUAGUGUAACCACGCCCAGAGUGGCCGAGCGGCUUAGGGACCAAGCCGCUUUGCCGGCUCUUUACCUUACACCGACUACCAGAAGGAAUGAGAAAGGUGACCUAGCUCUUAUGGAGGGAAAAUCUCUAGAUCUUGACAGUUCUAGCGAUAGCGAUACUGGAGUGGAAGUGGAUCAAGAUCGACCCCAUUUAAGGAGAGAUCCGUAUUAUGACGACAUGAUAACUCGAAUAAACACUCAUAUAAAGGAAGCUGUUGAACAAGGAGCAAGUCCGUAUGCUAUAUAUGGGCUGGAAGACGACGAUGCGGAUGAUUGGUGCUGAUAGUUGAAGGAAGUUCUAGAAUUUAUUCAAAGAACUUCGAAAGAAAAUUUGGAAGCUGCAGUUUCACAAGACCGGCUUUAAUAUGGUGAAUUUAAAUAAUCCAACACCAAAGGAAUUCGUCGUGGUUUUAUGGCGUCGACAGCUGUCCAACUAUUCCAUCGGUUGCGCUUCUCUAGGAGAAGGAACAUGUGAGGGCCGACAGAACUGAAGAGAAGUUUUAGCUGUGAAAUUUUUCAUCACAUCCCUGUAGGACGUAGUUAAUUUUGAAAGGUUCCUAAAAUUUGAGCUCUGAGGGGGUCUUCUUCCUCGACAAGCCACUGUGCGGAGCUCGCCAUGCCGAGAAAACAAAUUCAUCGCGAAAACUAUGUUCAGCGGCUGUGUACUGACGAUGCUAGUCACAGUCAUCAAAUGACGACCUGAAGAAAAAUCUAUAUAUAUUGCAUUAAUUUGACCAAAACAAUUUACAUAAGCGAACAAUACGGAAUUCAAAGAGUAAUUUAUAUUAACAGCGUGAUGUAACAAGUUACAAUUUAAAGAUGUUAAAUUUAUAUGAAGUGAUGCAUUCAAAUAUGUUUAAAUUAUUCUGAACGCUUUAGCUUAUUACCUCAAAGAGAAGAAAUAUUAUGAUAAAUUGAAAUACUAAUAUACAAAGCUUUUCAGAUUUUGUAGUUAAUUCUUUGCAAAGGGAGAUAGGUUUCAACUUAAAUACCUCUAUCUCUAAAUAUAACCCAACCGUUUUACUUUUUUUUCUAAUAGCUCCAGUAGAUUAGAGAAUCAAUUUUUUUGUUGAAUACAAGAAAUAACCGUUACAGUUGGGACAGUGGAAGCUUUAUAUUUUUCAAUAGCUAUAGACUCUCCUUUUAGCUAUAGAAUCUCUUUGCCAUGGAAUUUCUUUGCCUUUUCAAAUUGCAUGCAAACGGUUGGUGUUCAAAAUUUAAUGCCAAAUCGAAAACUGAAAAAGAGUGUGUUAGGGUCAAUAAGAAAAACGAGUUCUUUUUCUAAACUGAACUUGAACUGCCAGAUGGUUAGAAUCAUUCGCUUCUCCGUCUUGUCUUCUGUCUUAUUAAAUUUCAAGAUAAUAAGCGCGAAGUUUAUACUCUACUUUUAAUGUACUUUUAAAGCGACUACUACACUUUUUACUAUCAUUUAAAAUUGUUUAUCAACAGGUUUAGUAACACACUGCCCUUCGUUUCUUAAAAAAAAAAGCGACAGUGUUUUGGUUGGGGACAAUCCUAACCACUCAAGUUUUCCCAGUCGGUUUAUCAUAAUUGCAUAGCUGGAGAACACUCGCAAGGAUAGAAUAAAAUUAGUCAAGUCAGUAACAAAAA